AUGCGCGAGCUGAUCACCUUUGCUGUUGGCCAAGCCGGGAACCAGAUCGCUUCUUCAUUUUGGGAGACAAUCCUCAAGGAACAUGGCUUGAAUAACAAUGGUGAAUACAUUGGCAGUGACCCAUUACAGCUGUCAAAAAUCAACGUUUUCUUUGAGGAGUCCAAUUCCGACAAGAAAUAUGUGCCACGCUCAGUGAAUGUUGAUUUAGAACCGGGAACGAUCGACCACUUGCGUACAGGUGCACUCGGUGAGCUUUUUCGACCUGAUAAUUACGUGCACGGUGACUCUGGUGCUGGUAACAACUUUGCCAAGGGAUACUAUACGGAGGGCGCUGAACUUAUGGAUGCGGUGCUCGAAGUAGCUCGGAAAGAAACUGAACGUGCAGACAUGUUCCAAGGCUUUCAGCUUGUUCAUUCCUUGGGUGGUGGCACAGGCUCGGGUCUGGGAACCAACUUGCUAAGCAAGCUACGCGAAGAAUACCCAGACCGCAUGCUCGCCACAUGGUCGGUACUGCCGUCGCCGAAGGUGUCGGACACCGUGGUGGAACCCUAUAAUGCUACUCUUUCCUUUCACCAGCUCGUGGAAAAUGCAGAUCUCUCUUUCUGUCUGGACAACCAAGCCCUUUAUGAUAUUUGCCAACGUACGCUCCGCACCGAGUCUCCCAAAUAUGAAGACCUAAACACGCUCAUUUCGUAUGCGAUGUCGGGCUGCUCAACGACGCUACGCUUCCCUGGCCAGCUUAACUCAGACUUGCGAAAACUCGGUGUCAAUAUGGUUCCAUUCCCUCGCCUACAUUUCUUCACUUGUGGCUACGCCCCUCUGGUUGCGUCCUCCCUUCAGGCAUACCAGGCUAUGAAUGUUGCCGAACUGGUUAACCAAGGAUUUAGUCCUCGCAAUAAUAUGGCAGCAAUUGACCCACGCUCUGGCAAGUAUCUCACUGUCGCAGCCAUUUUCCGUGGAAAGAUCUCUAGCAAGGAGGUCGAGUCAGAAAUGCACAAUGUUCAGACGAAGUCGGCGAGCGGAUUUGUGGAAUGGAUCCCUCAAAAUGUACUAACGUCUUUGUGUGAUGUCGCACCACCAAAAGUGAAACUUAGCGCUACGUUUAUCGGUAACACGACCGCUAUCCAAGAGUUGUUUAAGCGCACCCACCAUCAAUUUGGUGCUAUGUUCCGUCGCAAGGCAUUCUUGCACUGGUAUACAAACGAAGGCAUGGACGAAAUGGAAUUCACAGAAGCUGAGUCCAACCUACUGGACCUGAUCGCUGAGUACGAACAAUACGAGGCGGCAGGUGUGGACGAGGACGAAAUGUACGAAGGAGAGUACGCCGACGAGGGCGAGUAUGUUGGCGAAGAGGAAUACGCGGAAGAGGAAUAUUAA